GGAGCGGGCCCGGGGCGGUGGGACCGGGCCGGGGUCGGUGGGGACCCGGCGCUGCUUCCUUGGCAGCGAUGGCAAAGCCUCAGAGCAAGGAUUCUGGACUGAAGGAGAAGUUCAAGAACCUGCUGGGGCUGGGCACAUCCCGGGGAAGUUCCAAGCUGUCGGAGGGCAAGCAAACAGAGUUCAUCAUCACCGCGGAAAUACUCAAGGAACUGAGCAUAGAAUGUGGAUUGAGCAAUAGGAUCCGAGCAAUCAGCCAGAUCUGUGAAGUGGUGAAAACCAAGAAGAUUGAGGAGCAUGCAGUGGAAGCCAUAUGGAAAGUGGUAGCUGAUAUGCUGCACCCAGAGCGCCCUGCUGAAGCCAGACACGCUGUUCUUCAUCUGCUGAAGUCAAUUGUUCAAGGCCAGGGUGAGAGAUUAGGGAUCCUCAGAGCACACUUUUUUAAGGUUAUUAAAGAUUAUCCCUCCAAUGAAGAUUUGCAUGAACGGCUCGAAGUGUUCAAGGCUCUAACAGAGAAUGGGCGCUACAUCACCUACCUAGAAGAAGAGUUAGCUGACUUUGUGCUGCAGUGGAUGGAUGUGGGUUUGUCUUCUGAGUUCCUUCUGGUUUUAGUGAACCUGGUGAAAUUCAAUAGCUGCUAUCUGGAAGACUACGUAGCUGACAUGGUGCACAAGAUAUGCCUUUUGUGCAUUCAGACUUCGUCAUCCAUGGACAUAGAGAUUUCCUUGCAAGUCCUGGAUGCAGUUGUGUGCUAUAAUUGCCUCCCAUCAGAGAACCUGCCAGUGUUCAUCAUCACUUUGUGCCGUACCAUCAAUGUGAAGGAGCUCUGUGAGCCAUGCUGGAAGCUUAUGCGCAACCUUUUGGGAACUCAUUUGGGACACAGUGCCAUCUACAACAUGUGCAGGAUCAUGGAAGACAGAGCUUACAUGGCAGAUGCAGCACUGCUGAGAGGAGCUGUGUUCUUUGUUGGGAUGGCUCUGUGGGGUGCUCAUCGCCUCAAUUCACUCAAGAACUCCCCAACUUCAGUGCUGCCUUCGUUCCUCAAGGCCAUGACAUGUCCCAAUGCAGUUGUGUCUUAUGAGAUAGUUCUGUCCAUAACACGUCUCAUAAAGAAGUAUGGGAAGGAGCUGCAAGCUGUAACGUGGGACAUCCUCUUGGACAUCAUGGAGCGAUUACUGCAGCAGCUGCAGAGUUUGGAGAGCCAAGAACUUAAGACCAUUGUACAUGAUCUUUUGACUACAGUAGAAGAACUCUGUGACCAGAACGAAUUCCAUGGCUCUGAAGAGAGGUUUUUUGAGCUGCUGGAAAGAUGUGCUGAUCAGAGACCAGAAUCUUCUGUAUUAAACUUGAUAACAUACAGAGCUCAGUCCAUUCAUCCUGCCAAAGAUGGCUGGAUUCACAACCUGCAGAUGUUAAUGGAGAGAUUCUUCAGGAACGAAAGUCGUAGUGCUGUUCGGAUUAAAGUUCUGGAUGUCUUGUCCUUUGUCCUGAGUAUUAACAGACAAUUCUAUGAGGAGGAGCUGAUAAACUUGGUUGUGAUCUCUCAGCUGGCUCACAUUCCAGAGGAUAAAGACCAUCAGGUCCGAAAACUGGCCACUCAGCUACUUGUAGACCUUGCUGAAGGCUGCAACACACAUCACUUCAACAGCUUGCUUGAUAUCAUAGAAAAGGUGGCUGCACAUUCUCUCUCAUCUCCUUCUGAACUGGAAGAGAGGGACUUGCUGUCAUACUCUGCUUCUUUGGAGGAUGUCAAGACAGCAGUUCUUGGACUCCUGAUCAUUCUUCAGACAAAGCUCUACAGCUUACCCUCCAGCCACGCAAUGCGGGUGUACGAGAUGCUGAUCCACCAUGUCCAGCGCCACUAUAUAUAUGCAUACAGCCUUGCUGUCGCUAGCAGCAUCAGAUUGCAGGUAUUUGAUUUCCUGCUGAUGCUUCGAGCUGACUCCCUCCACCGCCUUGGUCUUUCCAACAAGGAUGGGGCAGUGAGGUUCAGCCCUUACUGUCUGUGUGAUUUUGUAGAAGCAGAGAAGAGGACUUCUGAGAAGAAGCCUACUGGUACACUCUCUCCACCUUCCGGAAGUCCCAGUGUGCCUUCCCAAAAUACCACCAUUCGCAUCGGGCACCUGCCAUACUCCAUGGUCUUUGGCGUCCUUCUGCAGUGUUUGAAGCAAGAGACAGACUGGAAGGUGUUGAAGUUGGUCCUCAACAAAUUACCUGAAUCCCUCCGUUACAAAGUGCUGUUUUUAACCUCUCCUUGUAACAUAGACCUUCUGGCCUCUGCACUGAGCUACAUGCUCACAGACAAAAAGACUACUGACAGGCUCCACGGUACCCCAGAAGGCUUUUCUCGCACAGAUUUGCAUCUGGCUGUUGUUCCAGUACUGACAGCAUUAAUAUCUUACCAUAAUUAUCUGGACAAAGCUAAACAGCGUGAAAUAGUGUAUUGCCUGGAACACGGUCUCAUUUACCGCUGCGCAAACCAGUGCGUUGUGGCACUCUCUGUCUGUAGUGUCGAGAUGCCCGACAUCAUCAUAAAGGCACUUCCUGUCUUAAUAGUCAAAUUAACCCACAUUUCUGCUACAGCCAACAUGGCAAUCCCCCUCUUGGAAUUUCUUUCAACUCUAGCCAGGCUGCCUCACCUCUAUAGGAACUUCGCAGCAGAGCAGUAUGCCAGUGUGUUUGCCAUCUCCCUACCAUACACAAACCCUUCUAAGUUUAACCAGUACAUCGUUUGCCUGGCCCAUCACGUGAUAGCGAUGUGGUUCAUCCGGUGCCGCCUUCCCUUCCGAAAGGACUUUGUCCCCUUUAUUACAAAGGGUUUGCGCUCAAACGUCCUCCUCUCCUUUGAUGACACACCUGAGAAGGACAGUUUCAGGGCUCGCAGUACAAGCCUGAACGAGAGGCCAAAAAGUAGUUUAAGACUAGCCAAAAAUGCAAAGCAAGGCUUGAAUAACUCUCCUCCAGUGAAAGAGCUGAAAGAAUCCUCUGCAGUUGAUGCCUUCCGAUCCCGCAGCAUCAGUGUGUCUGAACAUGUGGUCCGCAGUCGGAUACAAACCUCCAUCACCAGCUCAAGCCUGGGCUCUGCAGAUGAAAACUCAAUGGCUCAGGCUGAUGACAACUUAAAGAAUCUCCACCUGGAGCUCACAGAGACCUGUCUGGAUAUGAUGGCUCGAUAUGUGUUUUCAAACUUCACUGCUGUGCCUAAGAGGUCUCCUGUGGGUGAGUUUCUGUUGGCCGGAGGAAGGACAAAGACAUGGCUGGUUGGUAACAAGCUGGUGACCAUCACUACAAGCGUUGGAACAGGGACAAGGUCCCUGCUUGGCCUAGACUCUGGAGAGCUCCAAAGCAGCACAGAAUCAAGCUCAGACCCUGUUUUGCAAGUGAGACAAACAAAAGAAGCUCCAGCAAAACUGGAAUCUCAAGCUGGGCAGCAGGUUUGCAGAAGCUCUCGCAACAGAGUCCGAUCCAUGUCUGGUGGUCAUGCCUUACGUGUUGGUGCCUUAGACAGCUCGGCCUCCCAUUUUCCCAGUGCUUCAGCUUCCCAAGGGACACAGGGUGCUCCUGCUCCUGCAUCUCGGUCAGAGAAGACUAAUCCUGCUGCACAGACACCUCUGCAGAAGGAAAAAGCAAACCUGGCUGCGUAUGUCCCACUGCUGACACAGGGCUGGGCAGAAAUCCUGGUGCGCAGACCCACAGGUAACACGAGCUGGCUGAUGAGCCUGGAGAACCCGCUCAGUCCCUUUUCUUCAGAUAUCAACAAUAUGCCCCUGCAAGAGCUCUCGAAUGCACUCAUGGCUGCAGAGCGAUUUAAAGAGCACCGAGAAACAGCUCUGUAUAAAUCCCUCUCUGUCCCCUCCUCCAGCCUGGCCACUGGGACAACCAAACCAUCGCUUCUCCAGCGCUCCAACACAGAGUCAGCAGUGGUGCUGGAGGAGGGGAGCCCCUCAGAAAUGGAGCUGAAGGAAACCGAGUCCCCAGCUGAGUCUCCGGAGAGUGAGGACAUUGAUACUUCAUGUUCUGAACAAGUCCUGAGUGAGGAAAGGUUUGGUAAACCCCAGGAGUCUUACAGCAGGUCCUCCUCUACCUCCAGCCAAGAAGAAAAGUCUCUGAAGUCUGAAGACCUGGUGGAAGGUGGCAUUCCCAUCGGGAGAGUCCUGCCCUCAGAGGACGGUCGCACACUGGAGGAGCUCUCCUUCCAGCCAUCCCAACCCCUCAGCAAGUCCAGUUCUUCCCCCGAGCUACAGACACUGCAGGAGGUCCUCAAAGAUGCCAAUGGCAGAGAAGUAACCAGGAGGCUGAGCACGGAAGUGAAAUCAAAAUCCCAGUCUGGGAACCUGGAAGGGGAAGGGUUGGGCGGUUGGCUGGGCAAGGGGGAGGACAGCAGGGUGACAGGAUCAGGUGGGUUGGAUGGCACCGGUCCUGUCACCUCACCUCCUCCAUCUGGCCUUCGUCCUCGAGGAUACACCAUCUCUGACUCAGCCCCAUCAAGGAGGGGGAAGAGGAUCGAGAGAGAUGCCUUCAAGAGCAGAACAGCAGCCUCCAAUGCUGAGAAAGUACCUGGAAUAAACCCAAGCUUUGUGUUUUUACAGUUGUACCACUCCCCAUUCUUUGGUGAUGAAAACAACAAGCCCCUUUUGUUGCCAAAUGAGACAUUUGAAAGAUCAGUGCAGCUCCUGGAUCAAAUCCCUUCUUACGACACACACAAGAUUGCAGUGCUCUACGUGGGAGAAGGGCAGAGCAACAAUGAAAUUGCCAUUCUAUCAAAUGAACACGGAUCCUAUCGCUAUACAGAAUUCCUGACGGGCUUAGGGAAGCUCAUUGAGCUCAAGGACUGUCAGCCAGACAAAAUUUACCUUGGUGGCCUGGAUGUGUGUGGGGAGGAUGGACAGUUCACCUACUGUUGGCACGAUGACAUUAUGCAAGCCAUUUUCCACAUUGCUACCCUGAUGCCCACAAAGGAUUUGGAUAAAUAUCGCUGCGACAAGAAAAGGCACCUUGGGAAUGAUUUUGUGUCCAUCAUUUACAAUGAUUCUGGAGAAGACUUUAAACUGGGAACAAUAAAGGGUCAGUUCAAUUUCGUGCACGUUAUCAUCACACCACUGGACUAUGACUGUAACCUGGUGACACUGCAGUGUCGGAAAGACAUGGAAGGUCUCGUAGACACGAGUGUUGCCAAGAUCAUCUCCGAUAAGAACCUGCCAUUCGUGGCCCGUCAGAUGGCCUUGCAUGCCAAUAUGGCUUCCCAGGUUCAUCACAGUCGAUCCAACCCCACUGACACCUACCCAUCCAAGUGGAUUGCAAGGCUCCGUCAUAUCAAGAGGCUGAGGCAUCAGCUACGUGAGGAAACCCAGUACCAGAGCCCCGGCCUCCCCCUGCAGAUGCAUCCGUCUGCUCCCACAAAGCCCCCUCCCCAGAUCCCACAGGACCCCCCAGCCACCUACGAGACCGGGCAGAGGAAGAGGCUCAUCUCCUCGGUGGAUGACUUCACAGAGUUCGUGUAGAUCCCAAUGGGAUCUGUUUGGGGAUGGACGAGGCAGGAAGAGUUUCACCUGGACAUGAAGGAGUGGGGUUUGGCCGGCGCAGUGUGGCUGUGCUGCUUGCAUGUGGACUCAGCCUUGAACCCCACCGGAGGACAUUGUAGCCCCAGCAGAUGCUCCAGGGAAGGACCAACUCCUUGUGUUCUGGUUGGGUUUGAUUUGAGCUAUUUCAAGGCUUCCAUCCCUGAUGGGAACUUUGAUGCAGAACCUUUCUUUGGGCUCCUUCCACACCAGUGGCUGUGGGAAGCAGGCAAGUAUAUUCUGCAGUUCAUCCCAUAGGGAAAGGUGCAGAAAUGGGGGGAAUUUUGAUGACUUUAUAGGGAAUGAAAUGUGAAGUACUGAAAACCCAGUCACUAUUUUGAAGCACCCAGAAUCCCAGCUCCAUCCCAGACCUCGCUGCCUCUCAGCACUUGAACUGUUCAUGCUCAGACUUGUUCUGCUGCCAGCUCUGGUAAGAUUAACUUAGGUUCUCAGUGACCUGCCAGACAUGCUGCUUUAAUCCCAAAGGAUUUGUCUCCAUUUUGAGAGAUGCACAACAAACCCUCCCUCAUUUACCAGAAAUGGCUUUGGCACCAGGAGGAACACAAAGCAGGGAGGUGGAUACCACUUGCCAGAGCAGAACAGCAGAGCACUGGGCCAUGAAUGACUGGGAAUGAACAGGCUGUCUGGGAAUUACCUGUUAUGAAGGGGCUGUAUUGGGAAUCACUUGUCAUAAAGGGGCUGACUGGCUUCUAGGUUCAGCUGCAGGACUUCCACUGCAGCAGUACUGGGGGAGACUUUUGCCCU